AAGCGUAUUUGUUUAUUUCUAAGUGCUAACAUUUUUAUGAUAAAAAUUAACUUUUUUGCACAAAAAAAAUGUCAUUAGUUGCAUACGAUUACAGCAGUGAUGGAGAUUCAGAUCCAGAGGAUGCUGAACAAUCAAAAUCACAUGUAGCGUCUCUUGCAAACGAAGGCAAUGAACAUUCGAAAAGUACGACCUCGACCACCAACACUAUUUUACCGAAAGAACCUGGCAGCCAAGAUUCACAGGAUCCUAUAGAAGACGAAGAUGAACCAACAACCCAUCUACCCUUGCCUGCUCCCAAGAAGGUCACCAACGAUCUGAACGUCGAGGAAGAAGAUGACGAGUUUCUACGCAAGAAAGCAGUCCCAGAACUGAAACCGACUCCACUGCCAACUUCACUGGCUAGCAUCCGACCGAACGUUAAGAACGGUAAGGUUCAAAUCACUAUACCUUCCUUGAGGGAUUUCAGAGACGACGACGAUGUAAAGCCGAAGGCCAAACCCAUCAUCGGAGCGGAACUUCCCAGCAAAGCAACCGGCCUUAUCAGUAUGCUGCCGAAACCCAAAUCGGAGCUCGCAUUCACCCAGAAUGGUCCACUGGCCUCCAAAUCGAAACCGAUUGUCAAUCGUCUUAUUCCGGAUUCGGUUGCAAAUCGACCAAGGAACGUUCAGCCGGAACCGAAAUUACCCAAGAAGCCUCCAGCGAAGAAACCGGAAACUACAGUCAAAGCAACCGGAAACGACAGCGAAGACAGCGAUGACGACGAAAAGUUGGACUUCUUCUCACUGAACAUGGAAGAGAAGUUGCCGGAAAUAAGCGCCAACGAAAUCAAUGCAAUGGUUGCAAAACGUGCUGCCAAAAUGGCAGAAGCGGUAAAGAAAUUCGAUGAACCGGAAGUUCCAGAGGAGCAACCCGGCACCAGCGGACUGCAGCAGUAUGUCCCUCGCUCUUCAGAAGAUCCGAACGACUUGGCCAAUGAACGGGCUCUAUCGUCACUGAUCGGUGGCAACAAGGCCAAACGAGCCCGCUUGGAUGAGGUCAACAUCAUCGAAAUCAGCUCGGCGGACAUUGUUCCCUCGAGGGAGGACUUUAUGCGUCGCCAGUUGCAGGAUGAAACCGGGUACGUACCGACGGGUCAUCUCACCGGCGACUGGACCUGUACGAGCAAACGAAAGUCGCACAUCACCUAUCUGGCAACGAAAGCGCAAGCCAACGCACAGGAACUGGAGGCCAUGUGGUCCUCCAAUCGGCAAUCGCGACGGCAAACGCAAAGUAAGUACGGCUUCUGAAUGUAUGUUUUGCAAUAAAUUGCGCUGUUUCCC